AUGGCCCAGGCGAUUUGUCUUCUGCUACUACGCCAUCUCAGAAAAUUACUACAACGGGCACCGAGGUGCCCGGAUAUCCUCUAUCUUCAAAACAUCUACCUGUUCGCCAGAUACUUCGGCACAGGCGUCAUCGUCGCAACGGUGUUCGUCCACCUCCUCGACCCAGCCUAUAAACGCAUCGGCCCGAAGAGCUGGGUGGGUGAAUCUGGGUACUGGGGAGAUUGCUCGUGGUGCGCGGCUACCGUCCUUGAUUCUGUGGUCAUCAUCUUCCUACUAGAUCUGGCGGCGGAGGUGUACGUAGAGCACAAAUAUGGUGCUCACCGCGAUGAAGACGCCACAAAUGUCUUGAUCGAACACGAUCAUGUCCAGUCCGAAAUCAUCCCGACCGAGACAAAGGAAAUCAUUUGA